AUGGAGAGCUGCGGUGUUUCAGUCCGCUCCGGUGCUCCUCCACCUCCCCGGCUCUACUGCUGGAAUCACGCCGAGCCGGGCAGCAGGUGCCCCAUCAUCAUGUGGAGGAUGAGGAUGAGCUGUCUGCUGCGGUGUGGACGCAACUCCACCUCCCCGGCUCUACUGCUGAAGUCACGCCGAGCCGGGCAGCAGGUGCCCCAUCAUGUGGAGGAUGAGGAUGAGCUGUCUGCUGCGGUGUGGUUUUUGGACGUUGGGAGUGAAGCAGCGGUGUGUCUGAUGGGCGCAUCUGCAAAGUACAUAUUCAUUUCUCAAGCUGGACAAGUUGCAGGAGGGGAGAGAUCAAACAGCGUGGUGCGUUCGGGGGAUGCAGCGCUGCCGUCCGCAUACAGGAAAUGGAAGCAUGAAAAUGUUUUGGGCCUAUCUGUCAAGAGAAACCAGCCAAAGGAGGAAGAGAAUGGAAACAAGGGCGAGCAUAAUAAAGAUGGAGAUGUUCCUGCACCGGAAAACAAAGAUAACCAGACUGAAAGUGAAAGCAGCAGUUCAGAGACCACUGGAACAUCCACUGAAGACAGCUCAGAGGAGGAAGAGGAGGAGGAGGAGGAGGAAGGGAAUUCUGCAGAAGGCAAUAAUGACGGGGAUGGAGGAGAAGAAGACGAUGGAAAGACCAGUGCAGAAGAGUCCACCUGUGGUGCUGGACGGGAACCAGAGGCUGUGAAUGGGAGAGAUGACCGAUUCAAAUUAAGCUGUGAAAAGUGCAAAGCCAUCCAGCAGACCCACGGCAAUGAGCUGGUUACCCCCCGCAGGAUCUCCAAGGGAAGAUUACAGGUGCAGCUGGAAGAAGAGGGCACGUACGAGUGCUCCCUCACCGGCCUGGUGUUCGAAGCCACCGAGCGGGUUCUCGUGCGAUACUCAGUCUUGUCUUGGUCCAAGUUUGGCGCAUUCCUGCUGGGUUCCUGGAGAUUUGCUGGACCAAUCUUCAACGUGGAGACGGUGAACAAGGAUGCAUCUAUCCUCAAGUCUAUCCAGUUCCCUCACUCCAUUUGCCUCGCUCAUCCAGAAGAUGAGAUGACAUUCAGUGUCCUGCACAUAAAGGAUAACCGUCCACUCAUUGAGCCGACCGCGGACCACUCGGGGAGCCACGUGAAGUGGAACGUGACGUCCCUGUCACCCGUGGGUCCCAUCAUUCAGACGAGUCGCACCGUGGAACACCACGGGGUGGUUCUGGUCUACAAGCAGCUCGGCACCGACACCAGCAGCUACAGCUUCCACGUCUACCUGGCCACCAACAGCGCUUCUGACAUCAAGGACGUGGGGAAACAGGUUCGGGGCUACAAGAACCGCUACAUCAAGAUAGAUAAGCCUCCCACGUGUAAACUGGAUGAAGGGACGUAUCGUCUCCUCAGCGAGCCGGAGGGAGACAUCAAACCUCAGGACCUGAAAUUCACUCUUGCAGUGACUAAGAUGAAAGGCUACUUUGAAGCUUUCUUUGAGCAGCCGCCCCCUUUCAAACUGUCUCUAUUAGAGACGAAUACAGAAGAGACGGUUUGGUCCGCCACCAUCAGAGAAGGUGACUGUGUGGACAACACUGACAAGAAGCCAAGGAAAAGGACCAUCUCAGGCAGACAGAGGAGCAGCAGCCCCUCAGAAGAAGAAACCACCAAUAAAAGACCUCGAUGGAAAGACGAGUCAGAUGGAGUGAAACCAGCGGUGAUUCAGGGCCAGGACAUGUCGGAGAAGCAGCUGCUGCAGCUGGCCCGGCAGCUUGGGAACGAAUGGAAGCAGGUGGCCAUCUACCUGGACCUGAACUCCAAGGAGCUGGAGGAGAUACAGGCGACGGAGAACGAUGUCAUAUUUCAGAAGUUGAAGAUGCUGGUGAAGUGGAAGAGCAAAAGCCUUCCUGGGAAAGCCACAGCAUACGAGCUGUGGAAGAGUGUGAACGACCUGGAUGACUUGAGGAGCGAGUUUCAUCAGACUCUGCGAGGUAUGGACAGUCGAGUACCCGAGUGAAAGGCUGUGAUUACAAUAUCUGUUUCUGCAGCAGAUGGAGGCUGCAAAGCAGAGCCAGUCCGUGGACCAAACCUCAGCUCUUCCAUCCGCUCUGAGUUUACCAAGAUUAAAAACACUGAGCAGUUUGUAUGGAGAAAAAAAAAAAGUCCGUCUUCACAAGCAUUUUUGAACAUUAAGGUUCACAUGUGGUCUUUUGUUUAUAUAAUGAGUAUGGAGUAGAGAAGCUGUGCCUACAGGUACAUUUAUUUGAUAGGUUGUAUGACCAGUGGAGGUCAUUGAUAUGUUUGGUAGCUAUUUUUGUAGCCAGUAACAGAUUUGUUUGUCGGUGCUGCAGUGUUGCAACUGCUAUAAUCAGGUAAAAUCCAACUGGUGUACAUUUUUAAAUGUUCUCUUUUCUUUUUUGAGGGAUUUUUUUAUAUAAAACAUUUUAGGCAUUAAAUCCACGUUACUGUUCAAAGCCAUACAAGCUAAAAAAUUGAACUAUGUUGUACAUUUCUAUAUAUUUCUGUGGAUAUCAUUUUGUAAUCUACUUUUUUCAAGCUUAUAGUUUAUUUUUUUUAAGUCUGUCGUAUCCGUCUGUACUUAUUUCUGUUUUAUUUGAUUGAUUGAUUGAUUGAUAUGAUUUGAUUGAACUGUGACCAAAAUAAUGUUCAUGACUUGAACCAGGAAUCCUUUCCUGGCCUCCCAAGGCUAGAAAGCACAAUCUGUGUUUGUAAGAAAUAAUUAUGUUUGUGUAUUUCAGAGAGGACCACUCAUAUGAAAAUUACUUGUUUAAUAAUUAUUUUUUUUAAUUAAAGGCUGAAUUGCACUGUCCUGCUGCGUGAGAGCAGGGAAAGGUUGGGCUUGAAAAGCAAAACAGAAUCAAUUUGGACCCCCAAGAUUUGAAGCUACGCUGUGAAUGCUGAACAAAAAUAGUCUUCCAGUGAUCAUAUUUAGAAAAAUACUAUUCUUGGAGAUGUGACCACUAUUUCAGAAAUGCUGCAGAAAUGUUAUCUGGAACACUGAAUCACUUUUGGGAGCCCUGUUAUAAUGUUUACAUUAAGAGGAUCAGGUUGCCGACUUAAAGACUUUACUGCAAACAUUCCAGUCCAUCCUUUUUAGUUUCAUUUCUGUCAGGUCUGAAUCUCUCCAAAGACCUUUGAAGUCAUCUGUAGACUGAAUUAAACAAUACAAGGCAUUUUUCUUCUUUUGAGCAUCCUUUUGUACAAUCAUGUUUCAGGUUACAACUAUUUGGAAGCUAUUCAAGCUUUAUUUUAGAUUAAGAUGACGUGACUUUCUUACGUCUGAUAGGUGAGGUCUUGACACGUAUCAGGAAGUUGAAACUUGUAUCACCACUUCUGUCAGACACUGCAUGUUUGUGAACUGAUGAAAUUGGAAAGCAAAAUGCUUUCCAAUUCGAACUUGAUAAAGGAUUUCA